CGGUUCGAUGUCAAUAGAAACAUUACGUUUUUUUUCUUUCAAUUCCAUUUUGAAGGAGAAAUGGAUUGAGAAUCGAAUUGAGAGAUUGUCGUGGUUUGACAAAUGCAGUUAACAAGUCCGUAUGGAAUCGACCGCAACGUCACAGUUUUGACUUUUUCCGUCACGUAUAAAACACGUAGAGUUUUCGCUCCUCACAUCCGAAAUAAUAGAUUCACACAUCGAAAUUAGUGGUGUUUUUUUCAUUCUGUGCGAAAACGAAAAGAAAUCCCACAACACAUUGAAGUUGACCGGCUCGGUUCAAUUUUAUUCCCUUUUAGACCAUCCUAAACCGGCCAAUAUACACGCAUAAAUAAACAAAGAAAAAUGACACAACACUUUAAAAAGAAACAUUCAAUCGACGAUUUAGUUCAUUAUGUCACGCUUCAUAGAAUCCUACCGCUUGCUCUGCGAGCCAUUGUCUGGCCGUUCGUAGUGUUCUAUUUAAUCUGUUUAGGAUUUUUAUACCAAACCGAUGCCGACCACUAUGAAAUCGGUUUCAUUGCUUUGGCUGUGGUCGGAUGUGUGCACAUAUUGACCGUGCUGUGCUGCUAUUGGAGCGUUCAUAUUGCAGCAUUUUUGAAUUGUCGAAAGGUAAAGUUUGAGCUGCCACAAGAGAAUGUCUUCGUCAAAGUUGUACCGAUGCCAAAUAAUGGCUCACCCGAAAUGGUACCCGUCCAUCAAACGCAGUUAAAUGACGCUAACAAGCAGAUCAUCUCUUGGUUCAUUUUCCAAAAGAUCAAAUACGUGUGGGAUGCAGACAAGAAAACGUUCCGUGGCAUUGAUUUUCCCAUUCACAAAACAUAUGGCGAGUAUAUGAAUAGCAAAGGUCAUCAGAACGAAGUGGAUGUUGAGCUGGCAAACAAACGGUACGGAAAUAAUCAAAUGGAAAUGGUUGUACCCGAGUUUUUGAAAUUAUUUACUGAACGUGCUACUGCACCAUUUUUCGUGUUUCAAAUAUUUUCCGUUGGAUUAUGGUGUUUGGAUCAAUACAUGUACUACUCAUUGUUCACCUUAUUCAUGUUGGUCGUAUUCGAGUGUACGUUGGUGCAACAACAGCUCCGAAAUAUGGCGGAAAUUCGGAAAAUGGGCAACAAACCAAGCCUAGUCAAUGUGUAUCGCAACAAUAAAUGGCGUCAAAUUAUGUCGGAUCAAUUAACACCCGGCGAUUUAAUAUCGGUUGGACGCAGCAAAAAUGAUUCCUUUGUUCCGUGUGACGUUGUAUUGCUAAGAGGUAGUUGUAUCGUGGACGAAAGUAUGUUAACCGGUGAAUCUGUGCCGCAAAUUAAAGAGUCACUUGAAGCCACCGAUGAAAUCAAUCGCGAACUUGACCCUGAAAGCGAUGGCAAACUGUUUACUCUAUUCGGCGGUACAAAAGUUGUGCAACACACUCCACCGACAAAGGUUGCUCUACGUGCACCAGACGAUGGAUGCAUCGCUUAUGUCAUCCGAACGGGAUUCAAUACAUCACAGGGAAAACUUUUACGUACCAUUUUGUUUGGUGUCCAACGCGUCACUGAGAACAAUGCCGAAACAUUUGCAUUCAUUUUAUUCCUUUUGAUAUUCGCCGUAACGGCUGCAAGUUACGUAUGGAUCAAGGGCACCGAAGAUUUGGAACGCAGUCGAUACAAGCUGUUUUUGGAAUGUACACUCAUUUUGACGUCGAUUAUUCCACCCGAUUUGCCCAUCGAAUUGUCAUUGGCGGUGAAUACUUCAUUGAUCAAAUUGGCUAAGCUGUUUGUGUUCUGCACCGAACCAUUCAGAAUUCCAUUAGCUGGCAAAGUGCAAAUUUGCUGCUUUGACAAAACUGGAACACUGACCAGCGAUGACCUUCUAGUUGAAGGCAUAGCCGGAUUGACUGAAUCAACAUCGGAAACGCUGAACAUCGCAGAAGCAAAUGAAAAAACAAUAAGCGUACUUGCUACGUGUCAUUCACUUGCUCAACUCGAUGAUGGUUUGGUUGGAGAUCCACUGGAAAAAGCAACACUCACCGCUAUCGACUGGAAUCUUACCAAACAAGAUAGUGUCAUUCCGAAGAAAGCCAAAUACAAGGCUAUGAAGAUUUACCAACGAUUCUAUUUCUCGUCAGCAUUGAAACGGAUGUCAGUUUUGGCUGGAUGUCUCGUUCAAUUCACCAAUGAAGUUCAUUAUAUCGGAACGGUCAAAGGUGCACCGGAAGUCGUCAUGAAAAUGCUCAAAUCUGUUCCGGAAAAUUAUCAGAAGACUUAUUUAGAGUUUUCACGACGUGGCGCUCGAGUUUUGGCCUUGGCAUACAAGGAAUUCGGAACAUUGGACAAUCAAAAGGCUCGUGAGAUUAAACGCGAAGAUGUGGAAAAAGAUUUGGAAUUUGCCGGCUUUGUAAUCAUUUCAUGCCCGUUGAAAAGUGAUUCAAAGAGUGCAAUCAAGGAAAUCGUCAAGUCAUCACACAAAGUUGUAAUGAUUACCGGUGACAAUCCAUUGACGGCAUGUCAUGUGGCGAAGGAGCUCCGUUUUACACGAAAAACCAUCUUGGUGUUGAGUCAAGAUGUGCAAAAUACCAGUGACGAGAAGCCAAAAUACGUUUGGAUUUCGAUAAAUGAAGACCAAGUUGAGCCAAUUGAUUUUAAUUCAUGGAAAAAUUUAAUACAAAACUACGAUUUGGCCAUUACAGGAGAAGGGCUUCAAUACUUAUGCGAAUACGAGUAUCAAUAUUUCCAGAAAAUUGCUCCAUACAUUACCGUCUAUGCUCGAUUUGCGCCAAAACAGAAAGAAUUCAUCAUAACGACACUGAAAUCACUUGGAUUCUUCACAUUGAUGUGUGGUGAUGGUACCAAUGAUGUUGGAGCUUUGAAACAUGCUCAUGUUGGUGUAUCGAUUCUUAGUAAUGCAUCGAUAAAAAGGGGAAAAGUGAAACCAGAAAAUACAUUGCCAGCGCCGGGUUCAAUUGUGCCACCACCUGCUGCGAGUAAUAAUGCCAUACAAAACCGAGUCCGUGGAGUCAAUGAACGUACUGCACCUCCGCUGACAGCAAGAGAGCGUGCCAUUGCAAGACAUCGUGAACAGUCACAGGCUCUGUUGAAUAAGGCACUCAAAGACAUGGAUGAAGAACAGGUGCAAAUUGUCAAAUUAGGCGAUGCCAGUAUCGCUGCUCCAUUCACGAGCAAAACAUCAUCGAUUAACUGCGUGUGUCACAUAAUCAAGCAAGGUCGUUGUACGCUCGUCACCACGCUACAAAUGUUCAAAAUCCUAGCGUUGAACGCGCUCAUUUCGGCGUACUGUCAAUCGGUGUUAUACAUUGAUGGAUUUAAAUUUAGUGAUACACAGGCAACGCUGCAGGGAAUCUUCAUUGCGGCCUGCUUCUUGUUUAUAAUCAAAUCGAAGCCUCUGAAAGUGCUAUCAAAGGAGGCACCGUUGCCAAACAUUUUCAAUUUUUAUACGAUUUCAUCGAUAUUACUCCAGUUUGCGGUUCACUUUACUGCACUCGUCUAUCUGACCUAUGAAGCGACCGCCCGAAGUCCGCAACGAGAAGGCAAAGUGAAGCUAAACAUUGAUUUGGCGCCGGGUGAAGAGGAGGAAGCCUUCAAACCGAAUAUUAUCAACAGUACGGUUUUUAUUAUUUGCUUUGCCUUGCAAGUGUCAACGUUUGCUGUGAAUCACAAGGGCCAUCCGUUUAUGGAGCGAUUGCGCGAGAAUAAAUUCCUCAUGUAUGCUAUACUCGCAUCGAGUGCAGUCAUUGUGGCGCUCAGCUUCGGUGUGUCAAGUGAACUGAAUCAAACAUUUGAAAUCAUCGAUUUUCCAGAAGAAUUCAAAAAGAUUUUGAUUGGCGUUCUGGUAGCAGACACAGUGCUGGCAUUUGCAGUGGAUCGGAUUUGCUCGUUUCUGUUUGGCUCUAUACGAAAAUCAGACAUUGUUUCCGAUUUCUAAUCCAUUCCAUAACCAUGCAAUUUUAUCCAUUGAUGAUUAAACCUGUUUUUUUUUAUUUAUCUGUUUCCCAUUAUCCCAUUCGAUUCAAUGUGCAUUUAAUGAUUAAAUGAUUUUCCAAGCGUAUUAAUGGUUUUCACACAGUGUAUUUAGCAUGUGAACGCAAUAAAUUCCGUUGCUCGGUAUUCGAAAUGUUCGCUUUAGUGGAUUUAUUUAAGUUUAUUGAAUUUAAAUGAGAUGGCGUCGCAUUAGGUAUAAAUAAAUGAAUCGUGAAUAUAAAAAAUUUAAAA